AUCGAAAGAAGACAAAUGUAGGUAACUCGAGCCCUAACUUUUUACCAAUUUUAAAAGUAGAAUAAAAUGGAGGGGGGCCUUAUACCGCUUCUAUGAUAGCCCUUUCAAUGAUCGUUCAAAUCGUGUGUCGUCUCUAACUCGUGUUACUAAAUACUGCUUGUGUUUGAUCGUUGAAAUUAAGAAUUCAAAUUCGUACGAGAGCAUAAGGUAUGUAUGGUUAUAUUACCGAUAAAGCGACGUCGUCGAAGCAUUCAUGCUUUCAUUCGAGAUCUACUGUAUUAUUUUCAUCUCAUAUUGAUGAUUUGUUCUACAACAUCUCCUGCAUUGACAUGAUACAAAUUGAUAACACGUUACUAAUGGUGUUUGAUUCCACAAAAGUUGAUACAUUUUCCUCAAAAUUUCAUGCUUAACUGUUGAGAUUUAGGAUUCGAAUUAAUCCGAAAAAAAUAUCGGAGAGAUGGAUACUCAAACGGGGAUCAUGGUCCACACAUGACACAACCCCCGUUCUUUGAAUCCAGAUCCCAAUCCAGGUUUUGGUGGUGGGUCUCUAUAAUUUUUGGAUACAAAGUAAUGGAUCUAAAUGAGGACUCCCAUUUCUCAUGUGCAGUGUUUUUCUUUGGUGUCUUUGGGGACAACCCCCAACCCUUUCUUCCUCACAACCUUAUUUGGCUUUUCCUUACUUUAUCUUCUCAUAUCCUACUUUUUAAUAAAGAAAAAACACACAAAAAAGGGAAAUAGAACCCCAAAUAUUUCAUCAUAUAGUCAAAAUGUUCUAUUCCAAUGGGAUCUCAUAACCAAGUAAUUCACUCACUCAAUUUGUGAAUACUAAGGCCUAUUGGGCAACCAUUGAGAAAAAAAUGGACUAAUUGCUAAUUUAGGUCAUUGAACUUUGAAGAUUAACUUAAACAAGGUAAUGUACCUUCCUCGAUUACCAAAGCAUAUCCCACUAAAUUUUUCAAUAUUUUUCCAAAUUUGAUCAUGCCUAAUGUUCGUCGAAGACAAUAACAACAUCCUACUAAAUGUGAGCAUCUGUUUCAUCCCAGCCAGUAAAGAUCACGCUAACAGACUCGGGAACAAUUUAGAUGUGUUCUCUGAUGAACUUGAUACUUUGAAUUUGACGGAGUGCAACCUGUCAAAUUUGAUGGAAAUGGUUGGUUUGAGAAAUAUCAUGAAAUUUAGGGAGGGGCUCAUUGUAUGAGAAGUUUGGGGGGCCCAAAUUAGCAUUAAUCCUUGGAAUUUUUAUAACAAAUAGAAAGAAAGCAAAGGCACACGAGCUAUCAUUUUCAGGAGGAGAAUUAUGAGAUUGAAUGUUGUUGUAUUCUUUCUCCACUAGCUAGCUUAGUGAGGAGUGAUGAAACGAACCAAACAAAUUGUUCUAUUUUUUUCCUUCUAAUUUUGAUUUAUGUUUGCUCUGAUUCAUUUCAUUUUAUUAAAUAACAAAAGAAAGAAGCAUAAUUGUUAUAUAUUUAUAGACAAGUGUCUUUGAUUUGUUUGAUCCGUGAAUUGUUCACCCUUUGUGGAGAACAUUUUGGAGAAAGAAACAAUAUUAAAGCAUGUUUUUUUUUUUGUUUAUAUUCCCACUACACAAAAGUAUGAGGUUUUGCUCAAAAGAAUUUCGACGAAGGUUAUUCAAUUUUGAUUACUUUUUUAACAAUCACUCUUAAGUCUAUGUUGAGUACUUGGAUAGAAUCCGAUGGCUUAGAAUAACCCUAAAAUUUAUUCACAAUCUACUCCAAUAACUUUGAAUGUGUAGCUUACGUUCGGUUACGUACUAUAGUCACAUGCAUUAUAAACCGCUCAUCUAAUUGAUAUUAUUUCUCUAAUUUCCAAACCAAUUAAAGAGCCACACGCAAUUGACUACAAUAAACACAAUUUGUAAGGAUUUAUCACGUCCAUUAAAACCCGCUAGUACACAUUAGUACCGAAACUAAUCGAAUGAGUUGAAUAAUCCAAAGAUAUCUCUUUCUGAGGCUUUCACUCAAUCACAUUUCAAGGGAAAAUGAGUGUGAAAGACAGGAAUUAAGGAAAAGAGAGAAAAAAAAAAACGACAAAAUGGGAAGUGGAAGGAAGGAAUCAUGUGAGAUUGAAUGUAUGGUUGGCAACUUACGAUCGGUCCAACCUUAAUUAUUUACCAAAAUACGCCUAUCAUGUGGAAAAAAAAAUUAUUUUUUCUAUUCAGAAUUAAUAAUAUUAUUAUAUAUACUUGGAGUGUACACUAUGGUUAGCAGUCGGCCGCAAUGUUGGACUCAAAAUUCAACUCUUCCCCUUCAUUUUUGUAUAUAAUUAAUUAUAUGUUCCCAACUAAUCAUCAUGUCACUAAUUACGCAGUUUAGCCUGGUAUUAAGACCUUGAUCCACAUAAUGAAUCAGUCGCCGUCGAGUAUUUGACUAUUUGUCUUUACUUCUUUCACGAUGGUACUCUACAGUUUGAUGGUGGAAUGGUGGAAGGAGCUAAUGAUAGAGAGCUACCCGUCUCUACUUAAAUCACAUAAUUAGACUGCUUGAUUGCGAUUUGUGAUAAAAACCCCAUUGCUAAUUUCGUGCAAAUUGUGGGUUGUCCGAGUUGACCAUCCAUUCCCCAUUUGGUGUAAUCUUUGUUAAAAAGAAAAUUAGUAAAUUACUCAAUCCCAAUACUCCUCUUGCACGUACUUCCCUUUUGAAAAAAAAUGCAGUCAUUGUGCUCAUCAAUUCAACAUGGGUUGUUUAAAGUCAACUAUGAAAACGGUAGAUCACUAGACUAGUUGGGUAGCAUUGAUCAGGGUGUUUUGAUUGAGGUUGUAGUCGAUAGGUUAUGCGGGUCGUGGACCGGGUUGAUGUGGUCAUUCGUGGAUGUGAUUGAGCGACGUACAUCGUGUUACGUACUUGCAUAUCAAUUUUGAUUUCGAAAUUUACGAGUCAAGGAGGUGAGUGGGUUAUGGAUCACUAAUCUUGUCGUUUCUAGGUACAGUUGUGCCUCAAUCAAUUGGGUUAUGGAUCGACCUGAUUUGUGGAUGCUUGGUUUAAUAGGCUAGAGGGUUGCAUUUGGUUGUGAACUUUUUUGUAUAGCUUGAUUAUUUGUGGGAUGGGGGAGGUAGGUGGUUGGAGAGUUUAUCUCGUCGUGAUUAAACUUGUUCAAUCAUCAGUCGAAUAGCGGGUCUGUCGAAUUAAUAGUUUUACGAUCAAUCAAGUUGCACAAAUUAG